UGCCACAAGAGGAGUACUUCCGGUUGGGCGCCAGAGUUUGUUUACGUUCGGUAGAGAUCUGGCAGCUGCCUUUGUCACACCCAGGCUUCAAGAUGGGGAAGUCUUUCGCAAAUUUCAUGUGCAAGAAGGACUUCCAUCCUGCCUCCAAAUCCAAUAUCAAAAAAGUAUGGAUGGCAGAACAGAAAAUAUCAUAUGAUAAGAAGAAACAAGAAGAAUUAAUGCAGCAAUACUUAAAAGAACAAGAAUCAUAUGAUAAUAGACUGCUUAUGGGAGAUGAACGUGUAAAGAAUGGUCUUAAUUUCAUGUAUGAGGCCCCACCAGGAGCUAAAAAAGAAAACAAAGAGAAAGAAGAAGCAGAAGGAGAGACAGAGUAUAAAUUUGAAUGGCAGAAAGGAGCACCACGAGAAAAAUAUGCCAAAGAUGACAUGAACAUCAGAGAUCAGCCUUUUGGUAUUCAGGUUCGAAAUGUGAGGUGUAUUAAAUGUCACAAGUGGGGUCAUGUCAACACAGAUCGAGAAUGUCCAUUGUUUGGUCUUUCUGGAAUCAAUGCAAGUUCAGUUCCCACUGAUGGCUCAGGGCCAUCGAUGCACCCCUCGGAGCUAAUAGCGGAGAUGAGAAACAGUGGGUUUGCACUGAAACGAAAUGUACUGGGGAGAAACUUGACCGUAAAUGAUCCAUCACAGGAAUACGUUGCAAGUGAGGGUGAAGAAGACCCAGAAGUCGAAUUUUUAAAGUCACUAACAACCAAACAAAAACAGAAACUUCUCAGGAAAUUGGAUCGACUUGAGAAGAAAGGAAAGAAAAAGAAAAAAGAUAGGAAAAAGAAAAAGCUUCAGAAGAACAGAAGUAAACACAAAAAGCAUAAAAACAAGUCACCUUCUUCCUCUUCCUCCUCUUCCUCCUCCUCUUCCUCCUCUUCUUCCUCUUCUUCCUCCUCUUCUAGUGAGACUUCAGAAAGCAGUAGUAGUGAAAGUGAGAGUGACAACAAAGAAAAAAGGAAACAGAAGAAAAGAAAGAAAAACAAGUGUUUAAGGAAUAGCAGUGGACCUGGAGAGGACAGAUCUAAGAAGAGAAAAGUGUAUGAAGAAUGCUCUGGUAGUCACACGAACAAGGAAAAGCCUAGGAUGCUACAACCAGAGAGUUCUGGAGACAGUAGCAGAAGGAGCCAUUUUGAUUCUGAUAGGAAGGCCAGAAGCCAUAACCAUAGCCCAGAACAGAGAGGAUCUGAAAGACAUGAGAGAAGCAGCAAGAGCAAGAGCAGGGGUGAGAGAAAGAGGAGAAGCCGAAGCAGAAGUCAUGGUAGUUACAAGCAAAGAGAAAUAAAGAAAAGGUCACAACAAAGUCCAAGUAAAGAGUGGGACAGAAGAAACAGCAACAGAAGUCACGGCGCAGAUAGAGACAGAGGAGGCGACCUGCCCAGGAAGAGCUCAGAAGCAUACUAAUGGCACAGAGAGGAGGAAGCAAGAGAGACUGUGUGACGAUUACCUGGGAAUAAAAAUAUCUCCGCUGUCUUUCUGAGUACCUUUAGCCAAGGGCUAAAUUAUGUACUCUUGUUUUUCUGAUAAAAAGCUGUACUUUAAGUUUUCAUCUCUGUAAAUUAUCAGGUAUAACUGUGACUGUCGGAUAAGAAUGAGCUUUGCAACUUAUUUGUAAGCACACUAUUUGGGGGCUGUACAAAUAUUUUUUGUUGGUAAAUGUUUCUUGUGCUCUACAGUAGAUUAAAAAACCCCAUAUAACUCUAUGAUAUUUUCUUUAUUCUGAAAUGCCAUUAAAGAAUAACAGUGCAUGGAAUUAA